CUUUGAACUAUGACGCCAAUCAUCCAUGUAAACGGAAGUAAACGACCAAGAACAAUUUCCACGUUAGCGUUGUUAUUUAGACUUUUAUGAACACCAUGGAACUAAGAUUAUGACUAAUUUAACUGCACAGCAUCACAUACUUACCCCACGUAGUAUUUAAUUCGUGUUGGAUACCGGUCUUGGUUGAUAUACGUUAUCUAGGUAAUGCUAGUUAGCUGCUAACGUUAGCUAACAAUGGCUAACUGUAUGGUUUUUCACACUCAAAUAGCCUCCAUUAUGGAGGUGCUAGCGAAUGCAGCCGUGGCAGAGAUCUGUAAACUCGUAGACGACGAUUAUGCAGUGUUUCGUUUGGAAAUAACUCAAAGCCAGAAAGAAAACAGGGGAUUGCGGAGGAAACUACAGCUACUGGAACUGAAGGUGGCACGAGAGCGCGUCAUUGCCAGUCGUCCCAGUAGUGUCAAGAUCCUCGACCGAUACAGAGGAAUGGCAAGAGGUGAAGGACAUCUCACUGGAGGCCACAGGAGCUUUGUGAAGCCAGUGGGACACAAUACAUGGGGAGAUGACCAACCAAUCACUGUUGAUGAGGGGAAUGGAACCACAACCCAGCACAUUAUCGUGAUAGAGUCUACAGAUGCAGAGGCUGCAGGUCCUGGGGUCAAGCAGGAGAGGUCUGAAGGAGAGGAUGACCUACGGCACAGCAGAGACAUCCAGACUGGAGAGGCGGCUGUAGCCAUGGAGGACACCACCACUGCCCCAGCUCAGCCCAGGACCCGGCACAGUAUCACGGAGGAAGAUGAGGGUCCAGAGGUGCUGCUGGGGAAGGAGGAGGGGUGUGAGGAGAGUCUGGGGAACCCUGAGGGGAACAUGGUCAUGGAUGACAACCAGACUACACCUUCUCCUGAACCCACAGAGGAACCAGCUGAUCAGCACAGGACCACACACAGUCUCACUGAGCCAGUAGACAUGGAGGAUGGGAAGCCUGAUCUGCUGCUGGUCAAAGAGGAGACAAUAGAAGACAGACCAGAGAGCAUUGACCUGCUGAGUGGACAAAAGAUGGGGGAGCAAGGUGGUUGGCUGGAGGCUAACAGAGGAGAAUGGGUGGCCAUUUUGGAUUCCCAGACCCAGACUGGUGCAGCCAAGGGCCCAGUGAACAACCUCACCGAGCAGGCCUGGACCAGAGGUGACAUAGUGGAGGUCAGGGGAUGGGACAGCGUCCUCAACUCUGGGCUGGGGAUCAACACUGUUAACCACAACCAGAAACAAACAGUCAAACCCAAAACAACAUCUGAACAUAGUCUCCAUGACAACAGACUGGCUGAGACCAGGGCGAGGCGUAGAUUUGGUCUGCGGGGACAGGAAAGUGAACUUAUGCGACGGGAGAGUACAGACUUGGCUUACGAUGCUCCGUCCUGCUCCUAUAAUUGUGAUUCAGAGAGACUGAUGGCGCCUCAGGUUAACCCCCUAACAGGUGCUGCCUUCAGCCUGCCUUCUAUAGGAUCUAUCAACUGUAAUAUGGACCCUGCAAUAACACAGACACUCCCUGGCAUUCAUCCUCCUCACACUCUACUUAUGUUAAACCAGACCUCAGACAAUGCCAAUGCCUCAACACUAAAUAGCUACACAAGCCCAUUGACAAAUGACAGUAGUGGAGACAGAAUCAGUAAAGGUGGUGGCGCCAAAGAGAAGCGCUUCCCGUGUUCGUUUUGUGGGAAAGCCUUCAGUUUUCCCCAACAGUUGGAGAUCCACCAGAGGAUGCACACGGGGGAGAAACAAUUCAGCUGCCACCUGUGCCGGGCCAGUUUCUCUCACUCCUUCAGCCUGAAGAGGCACCUGAGAGUCCACACAGGGGUGAAACCCUUCAGCUGUACCCAGUGUCACAUGCGCUUCGCCCAGGCUGGUCACCUGAAGAGGCACCAGAGGGUCCACACAGGGGAGAAACCCUACAGCUGUACGCAGUGUGAGAAGAGGUUCUCCCGCCAGGACCAGCUGAAGAUGCACCUGAAGGUCCACACGGGAGAGAGGCCAUUCGCCAGUACGCACUGCGGGAAGAGGUUAACAGAGAGGAGCUACCUCAGGAUGCACCAGCAGAAAAAACAUUCCACUCUAACAUAGAAAGUAACCAUUCCCCUGGAUAGCUUCUGACAUUUAGAUCAAACCCUGCAUUAAAGACAAAUAUACAUUGUCAUUGUUGUCAGCAGAAAAUACCCACAGAUUUCAGUGUUGAAUAUUCCUGGGUAGAAUAUUUCAUCCAGACAUUGUGUGACAUAUAUGUGCCUUAAGUCUAAAAAGUAUGUUACAUAGAGAGUUUAAGACUAAGGUUCUAUCUGCAAAAAGAUGAUUCUGAGAUAAUUGGCUUUACAUUUCUGAACCCUCAUUGGUUUGAAUGGUGUCAGCUAUUUUUAUCUUGUAUUCUUUUUAACUAAACAGCAUGAAUUGGGUUAUUAAGAGUACUAAAUAGGUAGAGAACAUUGAACAGAACAAGGCUAUAUCAAUAACACAAUUUUGAAAAAACAUUCAGAACCUAAGCUCGCGAUUUUGUGUUUGUAUCAGGGGCAAAUCUGGUGCUUUUAGAUAGAAUGCAAGAUCUAUUAGAUCAAAUCCAGACAGGAACUUUUAUUUAGGGCAGGUGACCCAAAUUACAAGUUCGAUAAGAUUGACAGACGUAGUAAUAAAAAAGGCAAAUUUAGGGAGCCUCCAAAGAGGCUGGAAUAUGUAAUCGCUACAAAUAAUUUAUAGGACACCUAGAGAUUACUAAGACUUACUUUUUUUUUUUUCUCAAAAGCUAUUCAAGAAUUGACCAUUUUUAUUCCCAAAAAUGCACGAUAUAGUGAGAUUGGAUUGUUGUCCGGUAUCAUGCCUAAUUACAUCAACAGAAAAUACACUUAGCGACAGAAUCUGUAGAAUGAACAGAGUGCAUCUUCUGGACCCGGAAUGUAUUAAAUACCUAAAUGAAAAAAUAAAAACCAUUACAAAUUUAGAAAUAGCAGACAAAGAAAAGCUGACCCCCAAUAUAAUUUGGGAUGCCUUUUAAGGCGUACAUUAGGGGAAUGAUAAUAUCAUACUUGGCAAAAGUAAAAUCUGAUUUUGUGAUUUAUUUUCCUUUCAAUCUUAGAAAAAGCCCAUAGAAGUCUUUACAAGGUAAACAAGAAAGUAAUUUCUGAAUUUAAGUAGAAAUACGAUCUUUUACUUUUGAAGAGAGCCAACAUCUACAGGUUAAACUCAAAUAAAGCAUACUACUUAAUGGCAAAUAAAUAUGGUAACUAUCUGGCAGCUCUCACAAAACACUACAUUUUAUGUUUUAAAAAUGACAAAUGCGGUAAUUAGAAACAGUGCGAUUAAUGACAAUUUUAACAGCUUCUAUGAAAAUGUAUAUAAAUCAGAAUUAAACAACAGUUGGACGGAUCCUAUUGCCUUAGACUCAAGAACCCUGAAGCAAUUUUCAGCAGACAAAUAACAAUUACUUAAAACAGAGAUCACCCAAAAAUAAAUAUUGGAUACUAUUAAAACAUUAGCAUGGAGAAAAGCACAAUUUUAGGGAAAAGUACACCUAUUUACACAAAUGACAACACUCGUCACUUAGUACGUCCUAGUUCCAUGUAUCAAACUGUUAUUUCAGUUAUAUUAAAACCAGGAAAAUCUGGAGAGUCCCCUGCUGAUUAUAGACCCAAAAGUUUAAUAAAUUGUGACAAAUUAAUAAUAGCAAAUGCUUAUAAGCAUUAGCAUGGCAAAAGUCUUACCAGAUUUGAUACAUAUCAAACAGGGUUGAUUAAAAAUAGACAGACAAAUACAAGGACAUGUUUAAUAAUACAAUACGCAAAAAAACUAGAUAAAGAUUUAUCAAUAAUAGCUGUUGAUGCCGAAAAGGCUUUCGACUGUCUUAAAUUGCAUAUUCUAUUCAAAACUUUGGAAGCUUUCAAUUUUCCAGCUGAAAUACAUUUAAAUAAAAAAUGAUAUCAAUGUCAUAAAUCAAAAAUACUCAUAAUACAUUACCUGAUGAAAUUGCUUUAGAAAGGGGCACAAUACAGGGAUGUCCUCUCACUCCCCCAUCCUGUUGACGGAAUUAAAAAUAAACUUAAGUUACAUAUCACAAUAAUGUUUGGGACAUCAGAGAUACCUUGAGGAAAUCUUAUUUGAGUGAGAAAAGGGUGUUCAUAUGAUAUACAAAACCUUGCAGAGAGCAUAUCCACCUGACAAUCUCUUAUAAACAAAUAUAAACUAUGGGAACCAAGACUAAAAAAGAACUGAUGUUGGCACAAGAUGGAGGGAAUGUUAGUGCAUAACUAAUGAAAUUACAGUUAAAAUGUACACUUAAUCCAGUAUAAACUAAUUUUUAAAAUGUAUUAUGCAAGAGACAAAAUUCACAAAUGACUCAAUAAUCCAUGCUUUCUGGGAAUGCUAUGACAUCCAAAAGUUAUGGGUUGAAUUAGAAAGUUGGCUGUCAGAAGUAUUACAAUGGUAAUUACAUUUUUAUCUGUCAAAUUUCAAGACAUGGGAUAUGGGGGUGUAGUGAGAUACACAAUGGCUGGACGAUUCUCCUCUCAUCACUCGUCUUGAAAAAAUAUAUACAAAAAAACCUGGAAAUGAAUCAAUCCGCCAUCAUUACACAUUGAAAUAGCAUGGGUGACCUAGAAAAACAAAUUGGUACGUUUACAUUUUUGUCAUUUAGCAGACACUCUUAUCCAGAGCGACUUACAGUAGUGAAUGCAUACAUUUCAUACAUUUUUUCCCAUACUGGUCCCCCGUGGGAAUCGAACCCACAACCCUGGCGUUGCAAACAUCAUUGCUCUACCAACUGAGCCACAAAUUGGUACAAUUUAAGGCCAAUGUAGCAAACAACAAUGCAGGCACUAGGGAUGGGGGUGUGAACAUGUGCGUCUCGGCAGAUGAGCUGUAGUCAUUUUUGGGUGCGUCUGUAAGUUGUUGUUAAUAUGUGUAUGUUUGUAUUUGGUGUUGGGGAAAAAACACAAAUAUACAAUACCCUCAAAAUAUUCACACCCCUUGACUUUUUCCACAUUUUUGUGUUAAAGCAUGAAUUAAAAAUGGAUUACAUUGA